AGCUUCCUCUGCUGCACUCUCCCCGGGGACUCAGGUGCUGCUGCCCCCUCCCGGCCUGAGCUGGCCCAAGAGGCUCGGACCCACCCCGGUAGCCGCAGAGUCUGGGCUGGGGCUCGGAGCAGCGGAGCAGAAGCAGCUGAGGGGCCGGAGGGAGCGCGACCUGCAUGCCGAGCGCCGCUCCUGCACCAUGGACGCAGGUCAGCCCAGCAGUGAGCCCGUGGCCACAGCGCCCCAUGCUUCCGGCCAGAGCAUGAUGGCACCAGUGCGUGCCGUGGUCCGCCUGCGCCGCCGCGUGUGCGUCCUGCGGAAGCGGCGUCUCCAGCCACCCAGCGCCGGGCCUGGCACACCGCGGCCGGUCUGCGGUCCCCGCGCCCCGCGUGCCGGCCCGGAGCAGCCCCAGUUCUUCACGUUCGACGGCCCGGCCGCUCCUCCUGUCAGGGUGUCGCGCCGGAGGCGCCGUCGCAGCCGCGUGGUACUGUAUCCAGAGACGUCGCGCAAGUACCUGCCGCGCGCAGAGCGCCGCAGCCGUGCGCAGCGCUGCCUGCUGCUGCUUGUAGCCAUUGUGGGUUUCCAGGUGCUGAACGCCAUCGAGAACCUGGACGAUAAUGCACAGCGCUAUGACCUAGACGGGCUGGAGAAGGCGCUGCGGCACUCCGUGUUCGGCCAGCCGGCCGCUGUGGCGCGCAUCGUGGCGUUGCUGCGCGACUACCUGGCCACGCACGUGCACAGCCGCCCACUACUGCUGGCCCUGCACGGGCCCAGUGGCGUGGGCAAGAGUCACGUGGGCCGUCUGCUGGCGCGCCACUUCCGCGCGGCGCUGGACGACGACGGCGGCGGCCUGGUGCUGCAGUAUGAUGCCCGGCACCACUGCCCAGCGCCGCGCGCCCCUGGGGACUGCCGCGCCGAGCUGACACGCCGUGUGGCCCAGGUGGUGGCGCGGGCUGAGGCAGAGGAGAAGACGCCUUUGCUGGUCUUGGAUGAGGUGGAGAGGCUGCCGCCGGCGCUGCUGGACGAGCUGCACAGCCUCCUGCACCCGCAGCGGCCCCGCCACUUCCACAACGCGGUCUAUGUACUGCUGAGUGGUGCGGGCAGCACCGAGGUCACACGCUUCGUGCUGCAGAACGCAUCCCGCACGCGCCCCGAGGAGGAGCUGCGGGCGCGCCUUCGAGCGCUCCUAGCCCGCCAGCACCCGCUGUGGCAGGCCGCGGCCGUGGUGCCCUUCCUUUUGCUGGACAAGCAGGAUGUGGUCAGCUGUUUCCGGGAAGAGCUGGCCGAGGAGGGCUUCUUCCCCGAGCAGUCCCACGCGGAGCACCUGGCAGCGCAGCUCAGCUACUACCGCGUGGCUGGUCGGGAGUUCGCCAUCACUGGCUGCAAGCAGGUGGUGGCCAAGGUGAACCUCCUGUAGUGGGAGUCAGAGGACAGUUGCUGUUGAGAGCAGGACCCGAGCUGUGUGACUUCUGGCCGGUGGCUCCUGGGAGCUAAGGAGGCCUUGAGGGAUGGGGCCCGUUCUGAGCCCCCACCCUCUGCUCCCCAGCCCUGCGUUUUCCUGGGGUACAUAGGAGAUUCAGUUCUGAGUCUUUGCGGUUCCCCAGGAGGACAGCUGCCUCGCUGCCCAGGUGCAGUGCCAUAGUCCCUCCAGUUCCUUCAGGCAAUGGGAACAGCGACCUGGUGUCCCCACCCAGGUGGUAACAGGGCAGGGCCUGCAGCAUGCAAGCAGCUGAAUGCCCCGCUGAGUCCUCACUGCCACUGAAAGGUGAUGUGGCCACUCACUGGUGACCAGCCGUCUGCCUACUGCGGCCAUUGGAGCCGUUCCCCUGGA